CCAAUCACAACACUGAUGGAGUCAUUGAGAGCAUUGAUUCAACAAUGGACAUACACAAACAGGAAAAAAGCACAGAAAACAACAACAUUUUUAACACCUACAGCAGAAAAGAAAUUAGUCGACAACUUUGUGGAAUCAUUGACAGAAAAUGUAAAACCAAUAAACGAGACCAUGUUCGAAGUCAUUGAACUAACCAGAUCAUGGGUCAUCAACCUCAAGGAGAAAACAUGCAGUUGCAACAGAUUCCAACUUGAUGAGUUACCGUGUGCUCAUGCGUUUGUUGUUAUAAAAGAGAUGAACUUGAAUGUUUACAACUACUGUUCGGGUUAUUACACCACGCGAACAUGGCUUGAAACAUACAGCGGCUCAACAUAUCCGGUACACAAUCACACAACUUGGGAUGUGCCACAAAAUAUAAAAGAUAUCAUUGUUCUACCACCAAACCAAAAAAUAAGAUCUGGAAGACCAAGGAAACGAAAGUUUUUAUCUGAAUGGGAUACAAAAAAACAUAACAGGUGCGGCAAAUGUGGAAAACACGGACACAAUCGAAAGACAUGCAACAAUCAAGCAAUAAAAUAGAUACAUAUGAAAUAUUUGAAUUGUUUAAUUUUGUGUGCAAAUUCAAACAGGUUGAUCUGUGAUGUUCUAAAUACAUGGGAUUUCAUUUUUAUGAAAUUUGAAACAGUUUUUUAAUAGUUUCAAAAUCGUUUUGUUACA